AUGGAUCUCCCCGGUGGGGACUUGCCGUGCCGAGUUAAUGAGAGCUGUCACAAGUUCAUUGUGCGUAGUUCAUAUCAGGCGAAAUUGAUUUGUAACUCGUACGGUUCUCGCUGCAAAGGAUUUGUUUAUUCAAAGAGAUCAGGAAUAUUUAUCCCGAAAGGAGAGUUGCAAAAUAAAAUGGUGUUUACAACUGGUAUGGAACUGUUUGUUAAGAAAACGUUCGCGGAAAGCGCCAUAACAAAUGAAACUUGCGCAGUACCACUUGACCAGUUCCAGUCCCUGGCCGACAGCUGUCAUCUACCCGAACUGGACCCAAAUGAUGAAAGUAUCACUAAGCUUAUUAAGAAACCUGGGGCACCACUUCAGUGUCCAGGUUCCCAGCUGACCCGUUAUCGGAGCGGAGUCUUGGAAGUGAUUGACCACGGAGGUAAAGUUAAUGUUUUUUUUCUUCAAUACCUAUAUGGGGCAAGGGUGUGUUGGGUAAAGGGUACUGCUAAAUUACACUUGUAGUAGAAUGAGCCUUAAACAAAAAUAUUGUUACCUUGGGAAGCACGUAUAAAUGAACUCCAAGAGGUCACUAGAUGCCAGCGCGGUUCGAUGAACAGUAUGUAGUUUCCCUCUUUUCGGUUGAAAUGAAAAAAAAGGAACCCGCCUCAAGUUGCUCAUUUUUAUCGGAGUGAACUAUACUACUUGACCCUGGGCAAGAAAAUNUAUUAUUAUUAUUAUUAUUAUUAUUAUUAUUAUUAUUAUUAUUAUUAUUAUUAUUAUUAUUAUUAUUAUUACUGCUAUUUUUAUAAUGAAAUACACAGCGGAACCCUCUGCGGAGGAGCCGAGAGGGUUGAGUUUGAAGUACAGUCACGUUCAUAUGAAGUUAGCUACUUUGUGUACACAAAUUCAGGGAUCUCUUAUAAUCUUUUAAGCGUUUCCUCUUUAACACCCUCUUUCCCGCUAGGAACACGACAUGGAUCUCCCCGGUGGGGACUUGCCGUGCGGAUUUAAUGAGAGCUGUCACAAGUUCAUUGUGCGUAGUUCACAUCAGGCGAAAUUGAUUUGUAACUCGUACGGUUCUCGCUGCAAAGGAUUUGUUUAUUCAAAGAGAUCAGGAAUAUUUAUCCCGAAAGGAGAGUUGCAAAAUAAAAUGGUGUUUACAACUGGUAUGGAACUGUUUGUUAAGAAAACGUUCGCGGAAAGCGCCAUGACAAAUGAAACUUGCGCAGUACCACUUGACCAGUUUCAGUCCCUGGCCGACAGCUGUCAUCUACCCGAACUGGACCCAAAUGAUGAAAGUAUCACUAAGCUUAUUAAGAAACCUGGGACACCACUUCAGUGUCCAGGUUCCCAGCUGACCCGUUAUCGGAGCGGAGCCUUGGAAGUGAUUGACCAUGGAGGUAAAGUUAAUGUUUUUUUUCUUCAAUACCUAUAUGGGGCAAUGGUGUGUUGGGUAAAGGGUACUGCUAAAUUACACUUGUAGUAGAAUGAGCCUUAAACAAAAAUAUUGUUACCUUGGGAAGCACGUAUAAAUGAACUCCAAGAGGUCACUAGAUGCCAGCGCGGUUCGAUGAACAGUAUGUAGUUUCCCUCUUUUCGGUUGAAAUGAAAAAAAAGGAACCCGCCUCAAGUUGCUCAUUUUUAUCGGAGUGAACUAUACUACUUGACCCUGGGCAAGAAAAUUGACCCAUGAUUUUCAAAGUAUUUUUCUCUCUCUUUUCACAGCUACAAAUAUCUCGUCUUUGAUGUAUCAGUCAAUUUUUCGGCCACAACACAAAGACUGGGGAGUUAUUUUUGGGGAUGAAGUUAGCCUACAAGCAAAAGAUGGUCAAUUCAGACUUGAUUCAGAAUUCAUCCGCGUUAAGCUCACCACCGCUCAAGGUACAAAACACGUAGAAUACCACGCGCAAGUCGUACCUAAGCCCCUGCCUGUCAAUCACAGAAAAGAAAACGGACUUCCUCUUAGCGUUGUUAUCAUAGGCCUCGAUUCUUUGUCAGCGGCGCACUUCCAGAGAGCUCUUCCUGAGGCUUACAAGUUUAUGAAAGAAGAGAUGAACUCAGUGUUCCUAAAGGGUUAUUCUGUUGUUGGAGAUGGCACUACUCCUGCAUUGGCAGCUCUUAUGACAGGUAAUAUAAGCAGGGGAGGGAAGGGAGAGCUGGUACAAAGCAAGACACAUACUUUUGCUAACUCCUCACACCCUUUUGUUGCCCACGUGCUUUAUUAUAUGUUUACGCUCUUUUGAAAUCGGAACUGGAUUGUAUUCGGCCUGAAGGAGCUCUUGUUCAUUACUCCCAAUGCAAAUAACGGUGGUACUUAGGAUGGAUUCAUUUGCAACCUACGCGUAUAGCUGUCGCAUUUACCCGCUGGAUUUUUUUAUUGUUUUUAGGCUUAAAAACAAAAAUAGUUCCAGCGGGCCAUGCGACCGCUAUACGCGUAUGUUCUAAAUAAAUACACCCUUAAUUUUAGGACUCUUUUCGUGCUUGCAUUCAAUCUUUUGUUUCUUGUCGUUUUUUACCAACGGCGUUUAGCGUAGCAACCGGCAAGCUCUGGUCGUGUAAAGAAGCGCAGUUUAGAAUAUAUUCUACAGGAUAGAAAUGGCCUAGAGUUACCUUAAAACAUGAUAGUUUAUUAUGAUGAAAAGAAAGAUAUGUAAUUUUUUCUCGAAACAAGAGAGUAGUAUGGAAGAGAUAGACUAGUCCCUUUUUCAGAGCGGAUAUCUCAUUUAAGAUGGCAGAAACAAUUGAAAUUUAUGACGUCACGAAUUUGUGGCUAGUUUUACUGGUUUGGCAGAUUUGAACCUUAUGUUUCAAUACUAAAACCAGAGAGCACCGUCAGAACACCACACAUACAAUCUGACCAUAAAGGAUAUUUUUUCGUGUAUAAAGGAAUGUGUGCUGCAUUGCUAUCGCCCGCUCGCACAUACCAGACACCGUUGACACGGACGGUCCGGAAAAAGUUUUGAACAGACGAAUUUUUUAUCGCUGUGAAAUCCAUUUACAUGAAACCGUGCAAAUUUUGUAUCAGUAUUGUUUACAUGAGUCUGUACUAAUUUUUGCUAGUCUCAACGUCGGAAUGGCUUUUUUUUCAAAAGCGCGCGACUAUGCUCCAGGCUUUUACCACAAAAACUGUGCAAUACCUUCCACGGUUGAGGUGUUUACACAGGUUCGCGCAAAGGUUGAACCACACUGGUCAAAUAUUUUGACCUACCUCUGAUCAGGAAAAAACAAUUGCCACUUUGCCGUUUUUUAAAAAAACCUUGCACGGUUCCGCGGGUCCCGUAUAAACGAAAGGCGGACCAGUGCAAGUUUUAUCACUGGUUUUGUCCGAUUAAAAAUUUGUCCAGACCCUUGUUAAAGGGGUCUUAAUGUCUCCCCUAUUCUUUCACUCUUCUUUUAGGUAAAUUUGAAUCCGAGCUUCCGGAAGCGCGCAAAGGAUUUGCGGGCUCAGAACCGCUAGACCGCUGGUCACAUAUAUUCAAGGACUUCAAGGCACAAGGUUACGCCACUCUGUUCAGUGAAGACGCCCCAUUUUACGCUGCAUUCAACUACCGUUUACAUGGCUUCAAAGAACCUCCAACGGAUCAUUUCUCUCGAUAUUUCUGGGAAGCAGCGCAUACGACCUCGCCGCAAUGUGUUCACAGCAAGCCACAACAUCAAAUCCAUUUUGAUUACAUCACGUCAUUUCUGGAAGCUUAUCGAAAUCAACUCAAGUUUGGAUUGUUUUUCAUGUCAGAAAUCUCUCAUAACAAUUUAGAAAAUGUUUAUUUCUGCGCGGAUAAUUUUGUAGCUCUUCUAAGACAUUUAUAUGGAGGAAAUCUUUUGAACGAUUCCUUGUUGAUAGUUAUGUCAGAUCACGGUGCUCGGGUUGGUGACGCAAGAGUGACUUUGCAAGGAAAGCUAGAAGAACGUCUUCCACUGAUGUCUUUUACAUUCCCAAAAUGGUUUUCCCAACAAUACCCCAGUUUAGUUGAAAAUUUUAAAGAAAAUAGUAACAUUGUGACGUCACCCUUUGAUCUAUAUGCCACCUUUAAACACAUGCUAAGUUACCCCCAAGUUCCCACUAACUUGACGAGAGGUAAAAGCCUUUUCAGUAAAAUUAAUAAAUCUCGUGAUUGCGAAGAUGCGGGUAUAGCCGAACAUUACUGCCCGUGCAUACAAUGGAAGAGUAUCGACACACGUACAGAUCACGCGCGCAGUGCUGCUCAAGCAGCUGUUGAUCACGUGAACAACCUAACUGCAUCAGACGCCCAAGGCUUACACCUUUGUUCGCGUUUACAACUUAAAGAAAUCUUGGCAGCUCAUCAAACAAUUCCAAAUGUAAAGGUGGCUCAAUACUUAGGAUCGUCUGAUGUUCAUGGUAGAAAACCUAUGUUUUCAAGAGGCACUGCGACGCUUGGGCAAUGUUUAUAUCAAAUACAGUUUCAGACUGUACCUGGGAAUGGUAUAUUCGAGGCCUCAGUGAGUCUCCAAAGUGGUAUUUUUAGGGUUACAAGUGAAAUGAGCAGGAUAAACCUUUACGGUGACCAACCCAAGUGCAUAGUGGACAAAAGUCCUCAUUUACGAAAGUAUUGUUUGUGUAAAGAUUAUAAAGAAGAAUAA